CCCCGGACUGAGUGUUAGAAAAGGGCUCUAACACUUGCUGAGCUGCUGCCCUGUGUUUUCUGGCCAGACCCUGGUGGCAAUGCUGCCCCCCAGCCAGGCUGCCCUCAGGGAGAAGAUCACAGAGACCACCAGGAGGGACAUCUUGGCCGCGGACCUGAAGUGCAGCCUCUUCGUCUCUGCUUUACAGAGCUACAAGCGCGAUUCAGUCCUGAGACCCUUCCCAGGCCUCUAUGCCAGCGAGGAGAACAAGGAUUUUGAUGCUCUGCUUGCAGAUACAAAUGCUUUGCCAAGUUUAAAAGAACUUCCAGAGUCAGCAUUGGGCACAGAUAAAAGGACAUGGGAUCUGUUUAGCUGGAUUUUAUCAUCUAAAUUCUUAACUAUACAAAGUACUAAGAAAAAGGAGUAUGAGAAGAUCCAAGAGUUGACAGGAAUGUCAAGUGAUGCUGUUCCUGCCCCUGACUUCCUGUUUGAAAUAGUGUAUUGUGAUCAGAUGAAUGCCAAAUUUGAUGAAACCAGGGGAGAAAGGAGCCUUAUCUAUGCAUUCCAUGGGAGUCGGCUUGAAAACUUCCAUUCCAUACUGCACAAUGGUUUACACUGCCAUUUAAAUAGGACAUCCUUGUUUGGUGAAGGUACCUACCUUACCAGCGAUCUAAGCCUUGCUCUUCUUUAUAGCCCUCAUGGUCUUGGGUGGCAGCGCAGUGUUUUGGGCCCUGUCCUUAGCUGUGUAGCUGUUUGUGAGAUUAUCGAUCAUCCAGAUGUAAAAUGCCAAGUAAAGAAGAAAGAUUCAGAAGAAAUAGACAGAAAGAGAGCAAGAGUAAAAAACAGUGAAGGUGGGGACGUUCCACAGAAAUACUUCGUUGUUACAAACAAUCAGCUUUUACGUGUUAAAUACUUAUUAGUAUAUUCACAGAAACAAAACCGGAGGCCUUCCAGUCAGUCGUCUUGGUUUUCCAAUCAUCGUUUUGCUAUAAUGAUGAUGAUGUAUCUACUACUGCUAAUUGUUAUAGGUGCCAGCAACUCACCGGCCUUCCUGUACUACUGGAAUAGAAUGUUUGACUCAGAAGGAUGAACAAGCUGGUUUAGAUACUGUUAUGUUCACCAUGUGCCUUAAUGAUAGGAGAUCUACAACCUACUGCAUCUGUACCAGAACUCUGGAAUCGGGGUUGCAAGGAGCUUUUGGAUAUAGUCCAGUUGCAUUACCCCCUUUCCAUUUAUUCUUGUUGUUUUGUUUCUUUGAGUAAUGAAUGGCUGAAAAAGGGAGCUGCCAGUCUUGCCCUGGGGAUGUUGAAGAAGAAUGUGAACAGUUCUGCAAGGACAUGUUUUAAUCAAGGGUCCAAGAAAAACUUUAUUUAAAAGGAAUGAAAACUUUAGUACGGAGACUUUCAGGCCAUAAAUUUCAGAGGGGUAGCUGAGUUAGUCUGCAACUAAAAACACUUAAAAAGCAACAAACAGUCCCGCAGCACCCUAGAGACUAACAAAAAAAUGUUGAUGAGAUCAUGAGCUUUUGUGGGCACAACCCACUUCUUCAGAUGACUGGAGUUAAGGGGUCCAGGGUACCAAUAAAUAGCAGAGAAAGAGAGGGGAUGGGGAGGGGAAGAGAAGGAAAAAAAAAUAGUGUCCAUGCUAAAUGAGGUUUAAACAAAGACCUUAACUGGAUGACCUGCUCCAUUCCAUAUCCUAAUGACAGAAAAAACCAAAUACUGGGUACUUAAGAAUACUUAGAACCGUCUCUAGCUGCUUCAUUUACAAUGGACACUAAUUGACAAUAUUUUUCCCCAUUUUUUUCUUCUCUUUCCUUCCCCAUCCCCUCUCUUUCUCUUGCAACCUGGACUCCCUUAACUCCAUUCAUCUGAAGCAGUGGGCUGUGCCCACGAAAGCUCACGAUACCAUCUACAUUUUUUUGUUAGUGUCUAAAGUGCUGCAGGACUAUUCAUUGUUUUAAGUUUUAUCAGGCCAUAGGUGCUGGAACCAGGGAUGCUUCAGCUCCCUCAGGCUUGAAGUGGUUUCCAUCAUACAUAGCCUUUACAGUUUAGUUCAAUGGCUUUCUACAAAUUGUUCCAGCACCCCUGCGUUUGGGUCUGUUUAUUCUCUGCCAGAUUCAAACAGCCAUAUUUAUUUAUAAUGCUAUUGAAAGGGAGGAAUCCUCUUUACCUCACACAAAGGUUGAACCUGCAGUAAGUUUUAUUGCUUUGACUUAAGAACUCCUGUGCCUCUUUACUGAAGAGGAAAAGUGCUGUUUCUCCUAAGAUAAAGCAGGGUCAUAAUAAUUACGAUUUUUGACAGGGGAUUAUAUUUGGGCACAGUGAUUGUAACAAAACGUAAAUAAAACAGUAACCAAAUUGGAA